AUAUAAUUUUAGACUGAAUAUUGGUCUCCUGAUCAAUUAAAUCAAGCUAAUGAUCAAAAAACAAAAGCCAAUUCAAGUAAAGAAAAAGUAUUUCAAAAUCGUUUUUGUGUACUCAAAAAGUGAGUACACUCUAGAAUCGGUCAGUGUGUCCGGCCGUCCGGCCGGCCGUCCGGCCGUUAACACGAUAACUUUUGAAAGGAGAGUCCGAUCACGAUGAAAUUUUCUACACAGUUUAGUCUUAACAAUAUCUCGGUCGAGUUCGAAGAUGAGCAUGAUCGACCGAGCCAUUCGUGAGUUAUUGCAAAAAUAGUCAUUUUUCCCUAUGGCUUCCUAUGCGAAAAUCGACCGAUCCCAGCUUUCGUAAACAACUUUUCCUAUCAUAGUUAAAUAAAACCCCAACUAUUAUAUACCAUUCGAUAGAGAAUUUCACGAGCUACAAAAUGGUAUAUAAAACAUAAAGAAACAAGAAAGCUAACUCACCUAUUGCAAAGAUAAUUAAACGGAAUUUGGUUUUGUUCUUGUCCACGCUCUAAUUGAUCUACAAUUAGAGCUCUAUCUUCCGAUCAUACAGAUGAUAGUUCGAGGUUUUCUGGGGUGGAGAACUCGAAUAUGUGCUCCAUUCGCCUCGAAAUUCCAUUGGUUGAGCAGUAACCAAUAGCAAUCAAGUUAUAGGAAAAAAGACUUUCUUAGGGUAAAUCAAGACGAAGAGUUCAAAUCUGAGCUGUAUUUACCCCAAAUCCUAUUGGUUGAGCAGUAGCCAAUAGAAAUCAAGUGUUUAUAGAAAAAGUUUGCCAGGAUAAUUUUUAUGUCUCCACAUUCUAGGAUGACUCAUCUGCCUCAUUCACUUUUUGAAGUACACAUAACUCUCGGAUUUAAAUCCGAGGUUUCCACAUUUAUUUUUUAUUGAAAAUAAAUCUAAAAUAAAAUUAAUUUUUUUUCUAGAAAAGUGAAAGUCCAGUGAAAAAAAAGAAAAUCGAAGAUUUAAGUAAAUUAGUUACUAUUAAAGAUCCAAUUGAAACAGUAUUAGCAGAAUUUCAUGUUGAACUUCGACCAUUUCUUGAUGGAGAUUAUCAAGUUUGUUUUCAAUAUAAAUCUCCUAUUGAACAAUUACAACAACAACAACAACAGCAAUUAACUGAUUCAAUGAAUCAAACAAAAUCAGGUAAACAAAAAGAUGGCGAAAAAAGUGAUCCAAGUAAAGAUAAAAAACGUUCAUCAGCUUCCAAAUCAAACCAAGAUAAAACAAAAGAUCAAUCAAAAGAUAAAAAACAAUCUAAUGCAAAUGAAGCCGAUUUAAAUAAUUUACCUCAACCACUUCAAUGUUCUAUUCAAUUUCAACUUCAUCGAUUUGUUUCAGAACAACAAAUUAUUUAA